AUGAAAAACUAUAGAUUGUCUCUGUCUCUUGCUUUACGCAGAAAUACUCACAGUAUAGCUUGGGGAAAUGUCGAUAGACCCGAAUUUUCGCCUAUUUCAUCGGACAUUUCAUUACAGAAUUUGGAAAUUAGCUUCACGAAGAAUGUUCAUAAACUAUUCGACGAAAUGCCUGACCAAGAUGUUUUAUCGGUCACGACUUUAAUUGGGCGGUUUGCUAGGCGGCAUCAGUAUAAAGAAGCUAUAUGUGUAUUUUCGAGAAUGUUUUUGGUGAAUAUUAAGCCGAAUGAGUAUACAUUUGCUACUGUUAUUCACUCGUCGACUGUAAUUAAGGAUAUUUAUUCGGGAAUGCAGUUUCAUGCUUGUGCGAUGAAGAUGGGGCUUCAUUCUAGUGUGUUUGUGGGUAGUGCGAUGUUGAACUAUUACGCCAAGUUGUGUUCGAUUGAGGAAGCUCGGAUUGCUUUUGACGAUAUUCGAAAUCCUAAUGUUGUGUCCUACACGACUUUGAUACAUGGUUACUUGAAGAAAGGGAGGAGCGUUGAUGCUCUUCGGCUUUUUAAAGAGAUGCCUGAAAGAAAUGUGGUGUCGUGGAAUGCAGUGAUUGGGGGGUUUAGCCAAAUGGGUCACAAUGAAGAGGCUGUAGAUCUUUUUGUUGAAAUGCUGAGAGAAGGUUUCGUGCCUGAUCAAUCUACAUUUCCUUGUCUCAUUACUGCAGCUUCAAAUAUUGCUUCACUUGGAAUUGGCAAAAGUUUUCAUGCUUGGGUUGUUAAGUCCUUGUGUAGCUCUAACGUGUUUAUUGGAAAUUCUUUAGUUAGCUUUUACGCAAAAUGUGGAAGCAUGGAAGAUAGUCUCUUGGUGUUUGAUGAACUUCCUGAUCGAAAUAUUGUAUCAUGGAAUGCUGUAAUUUGUGGUUUUGCACAGAAUGGAAGAGGAGAGGAUGCGGUAAUCUUCUUUGAGAGGAUGAGAGUUGCAGCAAGAUUGAGACCUAAUAGUGUUACUCUUCUUGGCCUUUUAUGGGCUUGUAAUCACGCUGGUCUUGUCGAAAAGGGUUAUUCAUACUUCAACCAAAUAAGGGUUGAAGAACCUGGCAUGUUGAAACCUGAACACUAUGCCUGUAUGGUUGAUUUACUCUCUCGUUUUGGUCGUUUGAACGAAGCAGCAAGGUUUCUUCACGAUCUGCCUUUUGAUCCAGGAAUUGGGUUCUGGAAAGCAUUACUUGGAGGAUGUCAUAUCCACUCAAAUACAGAAUUGAGCGACUUAGUAGCUCAGAAGAUCAUAGCUUUGGAUCCUGAAGAUGUUUCAUCAUAUGUAAUGCUGUCAAAUGCUUAUUCCGCUGCUGGAAAAUGGCAGAACGUGUCAGCGAUAAGGAGGGAAAUGAAAGAGAAGGGAUUAAAAAGGAUUCCAGGUUGUAGUUGGAUGGAAGUUCAAAGCAAAAUUCAUGUCUUUGUUAAUAGCGACAAGAGUCAUCACGAAAAGGAUGACAUUUACAGUUUCUUGAACUUUUGUAUUGAGCAGUUGAGAGACACUGAAAACACCCCAUUUUUAGUAGACUAUUAACAUAAGCAUUUUAAUCAUUGUUUCCUAAGGAAGGAAAUUGCUUCAUGCCAUUUAUAGAACUGUGAUGAUUGAUGAGUCAAACUGAGCUUAUUGCAAGAAUGGUUUGAUACCUGAACCUAUGGCGAUGCUAACUGAAGAGCACAUUCACGUCAGCCACAGGGACAUUGAUCGGCAGGUAUGUCAGUUGAAACAAUUGUAAAUGCAUUGGCCAUGGUGUAUUAUAUGUAAACAGACAUACAAAAUGAAAUGCUAAUAACCUUAAAGUGAUUUCUAUAAGAAUAUUAUGGUACAGAGCAAUGAUCAUCUUGGACCUACUUAAGGCACAACAAGUAUUUUUCCUAAUUGAAAACUAUUAGUGGUGAUUAAACUACUCCAACAAAAAAGGAGUUUUGUUAUAUUUUUCAUAUGUUAAGGGCGAGGCUCAAACAAGGAGGAAAGCCUACGCAACAUGGAAUACUUCAGGAGUUAUAUGUAAGCACAGAUCCGAAAAUUUCUGAAUAGGUCAAUCUUUCGAACUGCUGCUGAAUCUAUGGACAGGCAAGAGAUAAUCCAGCGAACUAAAACAUCUUAGCAACUGGAAUGGGAAUAGCCUAAACUGUGAGAAUGGAUUGAGGGAGAGCAAUACAAGCUAGUGCUGCUAGGCGAAGUGGUUUAAAUCUGUUCAAGUAUGUUCUGCAUGGGAAAUCGUAGUUUUUGCUCUGACUUUGGUAGAGUUCUCGACAAAUAAUUGCGUUUUGAAGUGUGUAAAUAUGAGAUCUCAUCAUAAUUAUAUGAACUAAAAUUAGGCAACUGCUUUGACUGUUUCUUGACCGGGUUUCUUCGCGAAACUGAUAGGAUAGCAGCAUGAGACGGAAACCAUUUUGUAAUCACUUGAUGUUUUUGCACAUUCUCCGUUAGCUUUUAGCUCCAGUUUCUUGCAAACAGCAAAGAACAAUGUACAUCUUUUCAGACA